UUUUCUUUCCAUAUCAUCAUAUCAUAUGGGUUUAAAUAUUGGGGUCAUGGUGAAAGGAGCAAUGGCGUCUUUUGCUGAACCGGUUUUAUCGACUUCUCUCUGUACAUGCCCUUGCCGUAGAAUUAGAAAACCCCUAAUUCUUCCCCUUUCCUCGGAAAAUUCGAGUCUACGUCUCGUCAACGAUAAUACCAAACCAUUGUUUCGUUCAGGCCUUGGUCGAGUUUCAGUUAAACGGCGUUUACUCACAGCCGUUGCUCGAGCUGAAUCGGACCAGCUUGGUGAUGAUGACAACUCAAAGGGAAUUGAUAGAAUCCAUUACUUGCAAAAUGUGGAAGAUAAGCAGAAGAAAGCAAGCCAGCUUAAGAAAAGAGUGAUCUUUGGUAUUGGUAUUGGAUUACCUGUUGGAUGUGUUGUGUUAGCUGGAGGAUGGGUUUUCACAGUAGCUUUAGCAGCUUCUGUUUUUAUCGGUUCCCGCGAAUAUUUCGAGCUCGUUAGUAGUAGAGGCAUAGCUAAAGGAAUGACACCUCCUCCACGAUAUGUAUCUCGAGUUUGCUCAGUUAUAUGUGCCCUUAUGCCAUUACUUACUCUGUACUUUGGUAACAUUGAUAUAUUGGUGACAUCCGCAGCAUUUGUUGUUGCAAUAGCAUUGUUAGUACAGAGAGGUUCCCCGCGUUUUGCUCAGCUGAGUAGUACAAUGUUUGGUCUAUUUUACUGUGGUUAUCUCCCAUGUUUCUGGGUUAAGCUUCGCUGUGGUUUAGCUGCUCCUGCGCUCAACACUGGUAUCGGAAGGACAUGGCCAAUUCUUCUUGGUGGUCAAGCUCAUUGGACAGUUGGACUUGUGGCAACAUUGAUUUCUUUUAGCGGUGUAAUUGCGACAGACACAUUUGCUUUUCUCGGUGGCAAGGCUUUUGGUAGGACACCUCUUACUAGUAUCAGUCCCAAGAAGACAUGGGAAGGGACUUUUGUAGGACUUGUUGGUUGUAUAGCCAUUACCAUUAUACUCUCUAAAUCUCUCAGUUGGCCUCAAUCUCUGUUCAGCUCAAUAGCUUUUGGGUUUCUCAACUUCUUUGGGUCGGUCUUUGGUGAUCUUACUGAAUCAAUGAUCAAGCGUGAUGCGGGCGUUAAAGACUCUGGUUCACUCAUCCCAGGACAUGGUGGAAUAUUAGAUAGAGUUGAUAGCUACAUUUUCACCGGCGCACUAGCUUAUUCAUUCAUCAAAACAUCCUUAAGACUUUACGGAGUUUGAUUGGUCUACCGGAUGUUCCAUAGCUUCAGGAAACCUACAAGCAUUUCCACGGCAGUGUUCAGUGUUGUUGCCUUCGAGAGAUCCGUAGGAGGUGAAAGCAGAGCCUGGGUCUUUUUAUGUCUGAUUGCAACCGGUAGGUUGCUUCUUGGUAUGAUGUAACAAUCGGUUUGCGUUGGUUUAUGUUAGAUAGUUGACCCAAAAGGGGCAGUCUUUAGGAGUGCAUAUUUUGGUAGUCAGUGAUAUUCAUGUUUUAAGUUGUUAGAUAAACUGUAAGCUUAUUAAGAACUCUUUAUAUUUAUGAAUAAAUGUAUAGAGUUUUGACUUUAUUAAACUACCAU